AUGAACGAACAAGAAGAAUUUGAACUUGCUCCUAUUGACCCCGAAAUUGAACGUACUUUUAGACGAAGGAGAAAGGCACAAAAGGCUAAAAGCCGCUGCAACAUGGCUGAAAAUGUUGGAGAAGCAGGGGGUGCGCAUAACAUGGCUAAUCCUAUUGCCUUGGCGGAUGAUAGAGCCAGAGUAAUAAGGGAAUACGCUGCCCCUAUGUUCAACGAGCUCAAUCCGGGCAUUGUGAGGCCCGAAAUUCAAGCACCUCAAUUUGAGCUCAAACCUGUCAUGUUCCAAAUGCUCCAAACAGUUGGUCAAUUUAGUGGGUUGCCAACAGAAGAUCCUCAUCUCCAUAUUCGCUCAUUUUUGGAGGUGAGUGAUUCUUUCAAGCUACAAGGAGUAAGUGAGGAGGCACUAAGAUUGAAGUUGUUCCCAUUUUCUUUAAGGGAUCGAGCUCGAUCAAGGCUCAAUACCCUUCCUUCCGAUUCGGUGACAAAUUGGAACGACUUGGUUGAAAAAUUCUUACGAAAGUACUUUCCUCCAACAAGAAAUGCAAAGUUUCGAAGCGAGAUCAUGUCUUUUCAACAAAUGGAAGAUGAGUCUACUAAUGAUGCUUGGGAACGAUUCAAGGAGCUAUUGAGAAAGUGUCCUCACCACGGUAUCCCUCAUUGCAUACAACUCGAGACAUUUUACAAUGGUCUCAAUGCAGCCACUCGGAUGGUUUUAGAUGCUUCAGCAAAUGGAGCCAUUCUUUCCAAAUCUUAUAAUGAAGCUUUUGAGAUUUUGGAAAGAAUAGCAAGCAACAACUACCAAUGGUCAAAUACUAGAGCUCCUACAAGCCAAAAAGUAGCGGGUGUUCUUGAAGUAGAUGCUCUAACAACUCUAACCGCUCAAAUGGCCUCAAUGACCAACAUUUUAAAGAACAUGAGUAUGGGAGGAAAUGUACAGCCAGCUGCUGCCAUUCAAAGUGCAGAAGUAUCAUGUGUGUAUUGUGGGGACGAGCAUACUUUUGAGAAUUUCCCUUCAAAUCCAGCUUUGGUCUUCUAUGUGGGUAAUCAAAACUCCAACCGUAACAACAACCCAUAUUCUAACACUUACAAUCCAGCUUGGAGGCAUCAUCCAAAUCUGUCAUGGGGGGGUCAAGGAGCAAGUUCAAGUGGAGCACCAACACAAGGAAAACAGUCAUAUCCACCGGGAUUUUCUCAACAACCAAGACCUCAACAACCACACCAACCUCAAGGCUCUCAAACAAGUUCUUUGGAGAAUUUAAUGAGAGAUUAUAUGGCCAAGAAUGACGCUGUAAUUCAAAGCCAGGCAGCUUCUCUUCAGAAUUUGGAAAUUCAAUUGGGGCAUUUAGCUAAUGACUUGAAAAAUCGACCCCAAGGUUCCUUGCCUAGUGACACCGAAAAUCUGAGGGAUGGCAAAGAGCAGUGCAAAGUGGUGACUUUGAGGAAUGGGAAAAGUCUGGCGUUAAAUGGGGAGAAAGAUAAGCGAAAAAAUGAGCCCACUUCAAUCCAAACCGGGGGCGAAACUAGUGAAAAACCAUAA